AUGUCCCUGCAGUUGAUUCGCAGCUUCAUCGCCAACAUCUUCCUGUCACCCUUCGCCUUUCUACGCAUCAUACUCCUCCGACUGCGCAAAGGAUUCACAUACACUUCCGAAUACACAAUGCCGCCGCCGAAAUUUUACCACGACGACGAGGCAUGGAAGGACGUCGAGCCUCUCCCACAGGAUGACGGCGGAAUGCACCCGCUGGCGGCCAUUGCAUAUACCGAGGAGUACAGCGAGGCCAUGGGCUACUUGCGCGCGGUUAUGGCGAGCAACGAGUUCAGCGAGAGAGUACUGGGGCUUACAGAGCACAUCAUCAGCAUGAACCCAGCACACUACACAGUUUGGCUGUACCGCGCAAAGACGAUAUCAGAACUCGGCAAACCUCUUCAGGACGAGAUCGAAUGGCUCAACCCGACCGCGCUCAAGCACCUCAAGAACUACCAGAUAUGGCACCACCGCCAAACCAUCAUCGACGCGCUCGGUUCGCCGGAAGGAGAGGCCGAGUUCGUCAGCCAAAUGCUCGAGAAGGACGAGAAGAAUUACCACGUAUGGAGCUACAGGCAGUGGCUGGUCAAGCGCUUUGACCUGUUCGAUAAUCUGGAGGAACUCCAGUGGACUGAGAGCAUGAUCGAUGCGGACGUCAGGAACAACUCGGCAUGGAACCACCGCUACUAUCUAGUCAUUGGCGGUCGUGAGGGCCACGCUCCGAGUGAGGAAGUGACCAAGCGUGAGAUUGAGUACACCAAGGAAGCCAUUCGCAAAGCAUCCCAGAAUCAAAGCCCAUGGAACUACUUAAAGGGCAUCCUCCGUGCUGCUCAAUUGCCAAAGUCGACCAUUAAGAGCUUCGCAACCGAGUUCGCCGAUCUCGAGGCACCAGAUGAUGUCUACUCUAGUCAUGCGCUUGACCUGUUGGCUGAUAUCUACGCGGAAGAAGAGAACAACAAGGAGUCAGCAGAGAAAGCCUUGGACCUGUUGGCGACCAGAUAUGACCCUAUCAGGGCGAACUACUGGAACUACAGGAAAGGUCUGCUGAGCCAGUCUGAAGUCGCAGCUUGA